UUGGUUGGUUGGGGGCGACUUUUAAAGGCGCAGUUUGAAUCGAGGCAGCUCGAGGCGGUGGCUGGCGGAGGCGUUCCAACCGUGGCAAGACGCAACGGGGAAGGCGAACAGAAGAUGUCUAAAAGCAGGAGGCGGAGGUGGAAGACCGAGCGCACCCGCGGGAGGCCGCUGGGCCGACCCACGGCCGGGCGGCUGCGUCAGUGCCCGGCGGCCAGGUCCCCAGAGUGUGACGGCAGGGCCCAUGUGGAGGGAGAGCCAUGCCAGGGAGGCGCGGUGGCAGGGCUGUCUCGUGCCGUCCGUUCGUUGGUGGGCACCGUGUCUCACGUCUACCACUGGUGCAGCAGCGGCAUCUUGCAGGGAGUGGUGCUGGCCAAAGACUGGCUCACGCCAGAGCUCGCCUACCGGAAGGAUUUGCAGCAGACGCUGCGGCGCCUGACGAGCCUGGAGGCCGAACUGCAGGCUCUCAAGCGCAUCACUCGAGAUGGUACGCACCAGGCCUGCGAAGGCCUGUGCCCCAAGUGCGCAGGGGUGUGCGUGCCGUGCCCGCCGCCUGUCUGCGCUGUUCCACCCCUCGUCUCAUCCUCUCUGCCUCCGCAAGCCCCUCCUCCGCCUCCUCCGCCGCCUCCGCUGCCUCCACCGCCGACAGCUCAGCCCAGGCUCGUGCUGAAGAGGAAGGCGGCGGUGCAGCGGCCUACCCAGAGGGACUGCACGGCGGUGGUAACUGUGAAGGAUCUUCUGCGGGUGAAGCUGCGCAAAACCUCCACCGAGGCUGAAGACGAGAAGCGGGAUGCGAGCGAGUGGAAGAAGGCGCUCGUCACCGUGAGGGACCUGCAGGCCGUGAGCCUGCGCCGCACCGUGUCCGAGUCGUGCGCGCAAACGAUGCUCUCCCCAAGGGGCUGCCGGCAAACGCCAAACAAAACGCCGUACAAUUUACGGGGACUUCUAAAACGCGUGGACAUAAUCAGGAGCCCUGGGGGCACCCCCAUGUAUGACAAGGAGAACCGGGAGACCGGAACCGGCCUCACCCCUAUCAUGACGCAAGCUUUGCGCAAGAAGUUUAAGUCGCUGCACGCGGAUCGCAGCCCCUCACCUGCUGGGAAGUAUUCCCCCAACAACAGCUUUGAAGACCUGAUGCAGUAGGGGGGGACCUUGCGCCGCGCUUCCCGGCGCCGGCAGGACAUCGGUGCCGCCGCACGCGCACGGGCGGACGACGCGGAGCUUUGAAACGCUUUCGACAUCGAUCACGGGACGAGUUCUCUCUUGCGUUCAGUGUCUUUGCUAAACGUGGAGACUGGCCCUCGUCAUGGGAAUGUGGAAUUUCCAGCAGCAACAGAGAGAAUUUUAUUUUUCCUGGUUGGGCUACUCGUGUUAAUGGGCAGAAAUCAGAAAUACAAUGAAUUUCGAUUUAAAGCUUUCGUGACUGCAGGGAUUCAUCUUCUUGGUUCUUUCGGUAAAGUCACGUAGAAUGGAAAUAAAAUAAUAAAAAUCAAAUAAUAAAAUUCUCACGACGUUUAGGCCACAACACAAGUGGCCUUCUUCAGGUGAAGAAACAGGUCUGUCCAGAAGACAGAGCUUGAAUGAACGCUGUCAAGCAAGGACCGAGUCUUUUUAAAGCUGUGUGGGCGGAGUUAACACAUGAAUUAGCAUGUUACCAGCCCCCCACCUCCGGAGCGGAGGAGGGAGGGGGCUGGGAAAACAAAAAAAGGAAAAGAGAAACAGCCAAGGUGCCCUGCUGUGUCCUGAGUUGCAUUAUGACUAUGCUAUAAACUGGACUACUAUAUAAUACAAUGUUAUACCUUCCAAUCUAAACUACAUGGUAUAACAUCAAAUCCAAAGACAAAUUCCACAUUUCAAUUUUACAGUGCGUUACUUUACACUACCCUAUACUUUAGACUAUAAAAUUAUACUUGUAACAUUACACUGUCUUAUUCUGUGAACCCAACUAUAUACCACACUACUGUAUAUUCACUGCAAUUACGAUGCUAUAUAUUGCCUUAUGAGGUAUGUUAAACAUUACAAUGUUAUACUAUUAAUUAUUAUACUACG